AUGACCAAUCACUACAACGAGGAGCACUCUACAGUGCCCCUUUUGCAGCAUGGGAAACAAGUAAGCCUAGAUUUCUAUGGAAAUCGCGCGCUGCCUUUGCGAACAGGGGGUGCUCGCUCCACUUUCCCAGUGCUUCUUUUCAAUUGCCUCGCGGUUCUCUCGCUCUAUGGCGUCUCUUACAACUUGGUCCUGUUCAUGGUCUCCAAGCUCGGCCUUUCCAACGCGGCCGCGUCGAGCCAAGUUAGCAUCUGGACGGGCGUUCAUGAUUUCUCCCCGCUGCUCGUCGCGUACAUCUCCGAUUCCUACCUGGGGACAUUCGUGACAACUCUGGCCGGUUCUUUCGUUUUCUUUGGCGGACUAGCUCUGCUCUCACUCGCGGUCCUGUUCCUCGAGCACCAGGACUCGCCAAGUCUCGCCGUAACUUGGCUCUUCUUCGUGGCGCUCUACGUGGUUGCUCUGUCCAAGGGAUUCGUAGCGUCGCUGCUGGCAUUUGGAGCCGGGCAAUUCGAUGAGGAGGAUCCGGUCGAGGCCGCGUCCAAGAGCUCCUACUUCAGCUGGUACUACUUUUGCUCCUCCAUGGGUCUUCUCCUGGCGGUGCUGGGGGUGGUGUAUAUCGAAGAUCGGAUGGGAUUUAGCACCGCUCUCUUCGUUUGCGGGGGUGCCAUCCUCCUCGGGAUUGCGGUCUUUUGCGGAGCUGCCAAGCUCUAUAGAUACGAUUGCAUCUUGACCGGAAACCCCUUUGCCAAGCUCUUGCACAAGGACUCCAGAUCCAGCUUGGCGGGAAUUCUCUGGGUGUGGCUGGGAUCGGUGGUGUACGAGACCAUGAAAGCUCAAACGUUCUCGCUCUUCGUCGAGCAGGCCGCGCUCAUGGACACCAAAGUUGGCGGCUUUCGUAUCCCGCCAGCUUCGCUCAACUCGUUUGAUCCAAUCAGCUUCCUGGUGUGGACGCUUGUCUAUGAUCGAGUCUUGGUCCCAGUGAUGCGUCGAGCGACUGGGAAUUCGCGGGGUUUCACGUUCUUCCAGAGGAUGGGAGCUGGGCUUGUGGCGAUGACCGCGGCCAUGGCGUGCGCGGCUGUGCUGGAAACAGAGCGUCUCGCGAAUUUCCAUCGCCAGCGAGGGACCAUCGUUUUGUGGCAAAUCCCCCAGUUUGUGCUCAUCGGCGGCUCCAAGGUGUUCUACUACGUGGGAUUGGUGGAGUUUAUCUAUGAGCGAGCUCCCGAGAAUCUGAGAACCCUGGGCGUGGGCAUGGUGUUCUUCGCAUCGUCAGUGGGGUGUUUUCUCUCGGGAUUUCUCGUGAGCAUCACGUCGAGAAUCACUGGCGAGCGAGGGUGGAUCCCGCGGAACCUCAAUGAUGGGCAUUUGGAUUACUUCUUUUGGUUGCUUGCCGCUCUGGGCAGCGCAAACUGGCUCUUCUUCUUGGCCUAUACAAACUUGAACGACUGGUCCAAAAGGAAACUAUAG